GGCGGCCGUCGGGCACGGACAGCGGCUGCCGGCAGCGGGAGAACGGGCACCGCCGGCCGCCGGCGCCGCGCAGCACCGCGGGGAAGGACAGCGAGCGGCCGCCGGCACCGCGCGGACACCGCGGGAAAAGGAACGAGCGGCCGCCGGCACGCACGGACACCGGGGCGAAGGGAACGAGCGGCCGCCGACACCGCACCGGCAGCGGGGCGAGGAGAGCGAGCGGCCGCCGACAGCGCAGCGGAAGAGGUGGACGGGAGCAGCGACUGGCGCUCGCCCGGUGCCGCAGCUGGAUAAAAUCCCCGGGCUGGGAAGCACGGCCAAACCUCACCCUCUCCGUGCGGGAGCGAGCGGGCAGCGCCGGGCCGCCUCUCCCAGGUUCACGAUGUUGACAGCUAUGUUCUUGGCUGCGCUCGUUCUUUUUACAGUACAUUCGCAGGAAACUGAGGAAACCAUAACGUACACGCAAUGCACAGAUGGCUAUGAAUGGGAUCCUGUUAGGCAACGGUGCAAAGAUAUUGAUGAAUGUGAAAUAGUCCCAGAUGCAUGUAAAGGUGGGAUGAAAUGUGUUAACCACUAUGGAGGAUACCUCUGUCUACCCAGAACAGCGCAAAUUAUUGUAAAUGAGCGAGAAGAAGCAGCAGCUGAAUCCACAAGUGGUCGAAACAGUGUCAUUCGCCGGACCCCAGCCGACCCCCAGCGCGCCCCUCCCAACCCAACCCACCAAAUCCAGUGUGCAGCUGGGUAUGAGCAAAGUGACCACAACGUGUGCCAAGAUAUAGAUGAAUGUGCAACUGGAACCCACAGUUGUAGAGCUGACCAAGUAUGUGUCAAUUUAAGAGGGUCCUUCAGCUGCCAGUGCCUUCCAGGCUACCAGAAACGAGGGGAGCAGUGUGUUGACAUCGACGAGUGCACCCUGCCCCCGUACUGCCACCACCGCUGCGUGAACACGCCCGGCUCCUACUACUGCCAGUGCAACGCUGGCUUCCAGCUGGCCUCCAACAACCACACCUGCGUAGACAUAAAUGAAUGUGAUGCCAACAACCCAUGUGCACAGCAGUGCUACAAUAUCCUGGGUUCUUUCAUUUGUCAGUGUAAUCCAGGCUUUGAGCUAAGCAGUGACAGAAUCAACUGUGAAGACACUGACGAAUGCAGAACCUCAAGUUACAUAUGUCAGUACCAGUGUGUCAACGAGCCAGGGAAAUUCUCCUGUGUGUGCCCUGAAGGAUACCAGGUAGUAGGAGGCAGAACAUGCCAAGAUAUAAAUGAGUGUGAGACCACUAAUGAAUGCAGAGAGGAUGAAAUCUGCUGGAAUUACCAUGGAGGGUUCCGUUGUUACCCCAGAAAUCCUUGUCAAGAGCCCUAUGUCCUUACCUCGGAGAACCGCUGUGUGUGCCCGGUGUCCAACGCCAUUUGCCGGGAGCUGCCCUACUCGGUGGUGUACAAGUACAUGAGCAUCCGCUCCGACAGGACCGUGCCCUCCGACAUCUUCCAGAUCCAGGCCACCACCAUCUACCCCAAUACCAUCAACACCUUCAGGAUCAAGUCUGGCAACGAGAACGGGGAGUUCUACCUGAGGCAAACCAGCGCGGUGAGCGCGAUGCUGGUGCUGGUGAAGUCGCUGUCGGGCCCCAGGGAGCACAUCGUGGACCUGGAGAUGCUGACAGUGAACAGCCUGAACUACCGCACGAGCUCGGUGCUGCGGUUAACGAUCAUCGUGGGACCUUACGCCUUUUAGUGUUUGCAACAAGCCUCCACUGGCACUCGCUGCAGCCAAAGAAUAUUAUUAGAAAGAAAGCACUUACUAUUUUUAUUUAUAGAUUUUGCUCUCUUUUUUAAAAGAAUUUGUUUAGUAAGUUGAUCUCUCUUAUUCACACAUUACACCUGUAAUUCCAAAUUAGUAGAUGUGUUCCAUAGUAUAACAUGGGCAUUGUCACUUUCUGUAUAAAGAUUUAAAUCUUUUUUUAUUACCUUCCUUGGACUAGAUACAUACUAUGCUUUUAUAUGAGAACUGUAUAUUCAUUCUAUCCUGUAAAGCUUCACACAUCCUUCCUAGCCAAAUAGGUCAUGCAAUUUAAAAGUGAUCUUCUGUUUGUUUUUAUUUUAAAUUUUAAUGCAGCUACACUGAAUCUCAAAAAAGAAAAAAAAUUAUGUAGUACAAAUGAUACACAAAGUAACGGUUAUCUGAUAAGCUAAAAUAUAUUUCUUAUUUUUAACUACUUUGUAACAAAAGGUAACAGUAAAUAAAAAUCUAUUUCUGUAGACAUUUAUGUCCUAUCACAGUUGGUUGGUUUUUCUAAUCUGGGUUGGAGGUAAAGUGACAUUGUGAGAAAUAGUUUUUGUAUGCAGAUUUUGUUAACCAUAACCAUGAAAUAACAUUAUGCUCUCUCCAAGAAAAAUCGAUUGUAGAAAGAAAAUGUCUCCAACAAAGAAAGAAACUCCAAAUGGGAAGUCACCAGACAGGGCACAAAUGUCCAUGAGAACACUGUUGGUAGUUACUGCUCAGAAGGAGGCAGCAUUUUCAGACUGAAGUUAACAUUUUCCAGAAAUAUUAUUUUGUAUACUAAGCAUUGAGUGCAUUUUCUUAUUAAGUUAUAUCAUUUUCAGGCACUCAGUCCUGUUCUUGCUCUUACAGCUCAGAUGUAUCAUGUACAGUGUUCAUAAAAUUUAUUUCUAAUUCAAGAACUAAUAACAUCUUUUGUAAUAUGUAAAAUCUUAUUUCUUGUUUAAAAUGUAGUAGUUAAUCCUUUGAUGUACAAAAUUCUUAAUAAAGAUCUCUUACCAUAUUGUA